AUGGGUCAAAAGAAGGAUUUGACAGGCUCUGAAAAAUCAAAAACAAUAUUAAAAAUGCCUCAAUGUCGGACAGACUGUAUUCAGAGACCUCUGUCUCUUGGCUUUGGUGGUCUUGGUAAGCUGGUGGGAAGGUACCCCUGGUGGUUCCUAGCAAUUCCUUUAGUUUUAUCUGCUGGGUUGGGGGCUGGUUUUUACUUUUUACCUCAGAGACAAGCGAAUGACAUAGAGGAUCAGUUCACACCAACUGGAGGGACGGCUAAAAGUGAAAGAGAAUUUGUAAAGUUGCAUUUUCCCACCAAUGACUCAGGGCAGUUUUCCGCACAGCAACUGUACACAGAAGGUACGUUUGUGUCUCUCUUAGCCGUCAGCAAGUCUGAUAAUGUCAUAAAUGUUAACACGUUCAGAGAGCUCAUGCAGCUGGAUGAGAUGGUGCAGAACUUCACAAUCCAACUAUCUGAACCUGGUGCAGUUCUUAGUUUUCAGCAGUUGUGUGCACAGGACCAGGAUAUGCAAUGUAUCCCAGCUAAUCCGCUCCUAUCUUUAGUAAAAGAUAAUGUCAGUUUAAUAGAAACAAUACGUAUAACGUACCCCAUGCUGCAAGGAAGAAUUUUUCUAGGCCAGUACAUAGGUGGGGUGAUAUUGGAUUCAGACAAAGUCUUGCAGAAAGCCAAAGCAUUAAAGUUAAUGUACUACCUAAGAGAAGACGGCAAGGAGGACCAGGAUGAUAGCCUGCAAUGGAUCAAUCACUUCAUCAAAUCCAUCUCAGAAAAUGUAGACAAACUACAACUGAAGAAUAUACAGGUAUCUUACUUCUCAUCAGUAUCAAGGCAGCAAGAAUUUGAAGGCAUAACAUCAUCUGUGAUUCCACUGUUUUCUAUAACGUACUUUAUUACCAUCUUCUUUUCAAUUGUGUCAUGCAUCAGACUUGAUUGUGUGAGGAACAAAUCCUGGGUGGCUGUCUUUGGAGUCCUUUCUUCUGGAUUAGCUGUUCUCUCCAGUUUUGGCCUUUUAUUAAUUUGUGGAGUGCCUUUUAUUGUCACUGUUGCAAAUGCUCCAUUUCUUAUUUUAGGUGUCGGGGUGGACGACAUGUUCAUUAUGAUUUCCAGCUGGCAACAAACUAAAGUAAAGGAUAAAGUUGAAGAAAGGAUGGCAGAGACGUACGCUGAAGCCGCUGUCUCCAUAACAAUCACAACACUCACAGAUGUUCUAGCUUUCUACAUUGGAAUUCUGACCUCUUUCCGAAUAUGGUCCUAGAGUUAUGGUUGUGGUGACUGAGGAGGUUUCAUACUGGGAUUCCGAUGUCCAGAGUAAAAUUGACAGGUGCCUGGAGUCAUUUAUAAAUAACUCCUACGUUAGUGAGUCUUUCUCGGAGUCCUGGUUGAAUGCAUACAGAGGGAUGGCUAACCAGAUGAACUUGAACAUUAGUGACAAGAGCAACUUUAUCGAUCAUUUGUCAAUAUUGUUUAGGGGAUUUCCAGAUUUUAAACAAGACGUGGACAUACAGUCAGGAGCUAUAAGAGCUUCUCGUUUCUUCAUACAGACGGUAAAUGUUACUUCAGCAGUGGAUGAGAGAGACAUGUUAAACCAAGUCAGGGACACAGCAAAGAGCUGUGAGAUCCCGCUUCUUGUAUAUCAUCCAGCAUUUAUAUAUUUUGACCAAUAUGCUGUAAUCAUAGAGAACACCAUACAGAAUGUUGCUGUUGCUGCAGGUGCCAUGCUUGUGAUCUCGCUCCUCCUAAUUCCAAACCCUCUGUGCUCCUUGUGGGUGACAUUCACCAUAGCUUCUAUCAUAGUGGGUGUUACUGGUUUCAUGGCUUAUUGGGAUGUUAACUUAGAUUCCAUCUCCAUGAUCAACCUUGUCAUCUGCAUUGGAUUCUCUGUAGACUUUUCUGCUCACAUUACAUAUGCUUAUGUCUCCAAUCACAAAGCCAAAGGAAAUGAAAGGGUAAUUGAUGCUUUACAUUCUCUGGGUUAUCCUAUAGUACAGGGGGCUGUAUCCA